AGAUAGGGCACUCAUUAGUUAAUAGCAGCAGAAUUGCUAAUAAAUCUGUUUGAUACUUGAAAGGAGGUUGUCUCUUCAUCCAAAUGGCGAUAAAGAAAGAGGUGGUGAUGGACAUAUAUCUCUCUACUUGAAGAUCGUGGAAACUCAGACUGUACCCCUUGGAUGGAUGAUUCCAAUGGGAAGGCUAGGAGGUUUCAUGCAAUGAGAACAGAAUGGGGAUUUCCAAAAUUGAUCAGUCUUGAAGAUUUCAACAAUGGUUGUAAUGGAUUUCUUGUUGGGGUUCUACGUCCACAAGGAUUUUCAAAAGGUUCAGAGGAAAACUUGUCUAUAUUUUUGGAGUUAAGAGAUCCUCCUGAGGGGAAACUUGCAUGUGCUCAGUUCACGCUGGUAGUCAGAGAUCAAGUAGAAGGCAAAGAUUUAUCAUGUACAGGUGCUGCAUCUUCGGAUAACUUUAAGACAAUGGGAUCGGGUUUCGAGAAGUUCAUGCCCUUGAAAGAUCUUCAAGACCCAUCGAAAAGUUUCCUUGUUGAUGAUACUCCAAUUAUUGAAGCCACAGUGACAGAUGCUAGUUUCAGAGUCAAGAAUCUUGAGAAAAUAGCCAGAAUUAAGUUUCAAGGAGAGGUGGGGAAGGGCAUUUCAAUUUACAAGGAGAGGUGGCCGGUGGGGUUAGAUCCUGCACAGUGCACACCACAGUCCACUCCUAGAGCCAGCUUAGCUCUUCCCAACAGCAACAUUGGCAUACCUGCGAACCUUUAUGGAAACCCAAGGAUUUACUGUUUUGGUGAGAGGCAAACCACCGCCACACUAUAUGUUGAAGGUACAAUCAUUCUCACUGCUGUUUCAACUGCAGAGUGGUUUUUGAGCUCAAGUGAAAGUUGGGGUUACUUAAACUUCAUGCUGCUGAGAUAUCUUAUGGACCCAUCAAAAGGCUUCCUCGUGAAUGACACUUUAAUACUUGAAGUCAAGGUAGAUGUUACUGCCAGUUUCUUGAAAUUCACUUGAACUUUUGUGUUACAAUGUUUGUUGGAGUUCUGUUAUUACCUUUUCUGGCCAAUAUUAUGUUUGAUGUUAGGUUCAAAUAUAUUGUUAAUUAACUU